AUGUUUUGGAGGUUCGGUUUCGAUAACGGCUCGUCGUUAGACAGCCUACUCGACAAGGAUGAAGUCUCUCUCGAGGCCAUCCUAGACGAAGACGACCUACUACAAGAGUGUAAAUCGCAGAACACGCGCUUGAUCGAUUAUUUCCAGAAGGUCGACGUCUUGCAGCGCUUGUUUGGAUACGUCUCCGGACAGAUAGAGGCGGAGGACACUGGGAAAUUCAAAUAUCCUUAUGUUUCUACGGAGGUUCUAUGCAGCGAGAUCUGGUCGAUUGUCGAGACGUGCUUGAAUCACUCGGACCAACUCCUGGUCACUUUCUGGGAGACUGUUCUGGACCGGGAUGCUGAGGACAUGAAGACGCGGAUGGUCAUGGCGUCGCAUUUUGUGAAGAUUAAUGCUGUGUUCCUGAGCAAGAAGCCGGCUGAGAUGCUGGCCUUCAUACGGGCGCAACCCGACGUAGUCGAACGUCUGCUACGUCACAUCGAGACACCCGCAAUUGGAGACCUCCUGGUCCGCAUUAUCCAGCUCGAUGAGCAACCAGGCGGUGCUGGCGUUCUUGAAUGGCUAUCUGAAGAGCGUCUCGUUGCACGUCUCGUCGACCGACUAUCUCCGGCCCACUCACCCGACAUGCAUACGGUCAUUGCCGAGCUCAUCAAGAGUAUUGUCUCUAUGGCGGCCCCGUCUCCCACAGCCGGCAUGGAGAACUCCCAAAUCGGGCCCGCUUCUAAUCGCUUCGCGCGGGAACUGGCAAGGAGAGAUAUCGUCCAAACUUUGGUGGACUACAUGCUCACAGACUUUGGCCCCGAGCCCGAAGCUACGCGUCCAGAUGAAGCAGCUGAAGACCAGGAUAGCGACACACAGCCCGCGAAACCCACGACAUUCCCGAACUUUGAGUCUUCCACCUCCUCAGUCCUGCACUCCAUAUGUAUCAUCAUCGAGCUCAUUCGCCAGAACAACUCGGACUUCUUCGAGCCAUAUCUAUUCCACACGUUGCGGAACCGCCUCAUUCAAGUCCAGCAGCAACUUACGACACGCGACGCAGAAGAAAGCCGGAUUAUUCUGGAAGGGGCAAUGCAGGAGAUGGUUGACCGAAUGGGGGUGGUGCAUCUAGGCCCUAUCCUCGAUAUUCUGUCGGACAAGCUCGAGCAGUUGCAAGCGUACCUCCUCAAGCCGAGAUCGCUGGAAGGACCUCUGUCUACCACAGUUGGCAGCAUCACUCCGUUGACGUUCGAACGUUACCGGAUAUGCGAGUUGUUUGCUGAACUGUUGCACUGCUCCAACAUGGCGCUGCUCAACCGACCGUCAGAGUUCGACUAUCUCUAUGACGCGGAAGGUCGCCUACAGGGCGGCUUGUCUGCACUCGAAGAGCUUGCCCGCGUUCUGUCAAUGGGACAGGGCGACGAUAACGCCGAGGAUGAAGGCAUGGACGACAUCGAGCCUGCCAUGGAGCUACCUGUGCAUGGUAGUGCAUCCCAAGACAACGCCUCGCUACUAGACUCGGAUGAGGAUAUGAGCGACGGAGAAGGGCCAUCGGACGACGAGGCUAUGGAAGACAUCUCGGUCUCUGACUCUAACCGCCCGAUGCGCGAUGGCGCGCCCUCGCCUUCGCCUUCAUCCUCGCCAACAAGGACAACAUCAUCACCACUCGACCUAUCAGUCUCGCCUACUACCGUCCCCUCCAUGCCAUCACCAGUCUAUGGGUCUUCUCCUGGCGGCUCCAGUCCCGACGUCAGCGCCGUACCUCGACGGAAAUCAUCAAACGCCAGCCUGGGUUCAAACAGCUCAACGCGUGGCCGGCGCUCAACCGGGUCAAAACGAAGUUCGCGGAUGUUUCAGAUGCCUAAUCUUCCGCCAGCUGCGUUGCCUUCCGGAGAGCGCUUGAAGCGCAAGCUACUCGACAACAAUGUCCUAUCGACUGUCUUGGAUCUAUUCUUUGAUUUCCCAUGGAAUAACUUCCUGCAUAGCGUCACGUACGACCUAAUUCACCAAAUAUUGACUGGCCGAGUCGACACUGGCGCUAACCGCGAGUUGGCGAUCUCGUUGUUCCGCGACGCGAAGCUCAUGCACCGGAUCGUUGAGGGUCAGAGGAGAAAUGACGCCGAAUGUGCAAAACCUAAAAGCGUGCGCUUGGGGUACAUGGGCCAUCUAACGCUCAUAUCCGAGGACGUUCUCCUUGCACUCGAUCAUUUCCCUUCAGAUCUGCGAUCCAUCCUGGCAUCUCAUGCGCCACAGCCAGAAUGGGACGAGUACGUCAACGGUCGAUACAACGAGACGAAGGAACGUGAUACCAGCUUGCUCGGUGGUGGGAAGCCUGUUGCCGGACACACACCUACGGACUCGUGGAAGGUCGAUGAGACCGAGAUCCCUCCAGCGUCAACAAAUGCCAACACGGAGGAUACUCCCAUGCAUGGAGAGUUUAAGCGCGCCACUGGUAAUUCGACUCGCAGGGAGGGCAGCGCAGACUUUGGACCUGCUCCCAUCAACGACGAGGACGAGCCGGAAGAGCAGUCCAAUCAUCCUUCAUUCGCACGGUACCUGGCACAGGAGAUGCAUUCUCCGAAUGCGUUCGGCGCUGACUUGGGCGACUCAUCUGAUGCCUCGGACGACGAGGAUGACGGCGGCUGGCUUACGAACUCUCAAUUCAACCUUGAACGAGAACCUCCGACUUCAACACGCGAGCGUAGGCCUCUCAGUGCAACAGGGUUCGACGAUGCCUUUGCUCCCGAAACGUUAGCUGUGGCAUCAAGUCCUUUCGCAGAUCCUUUCGCGUCUGAAGACGACCCGGACGAUGGCUUUGGUUCAUUCACGGAAUCGUCUACCAGUGCUGACCCCUUCACGUUCUCUUCAAGUUUCUCGGAUGGCAUGGAUGAGAGCUUUGGCGAAGGUGACUUCGGCGACUUUCACAGCGCCGACGGCGAGACCACACCUACGGCGGGAAGCUGGACCUUUACGAGCGGCAGUAGUGAAGAUGGCGAGGGCGAGAAGGAAGGGAAAGACGAGGAGCCAACCACGGACAAACACAACACGACAGAGUAA